AUGCCCGCCCACGAUUGCGCGAACCCGACUCUUACUCCUACAGACGAUCCUCUCAUUGCUGAGACUACAGUGGUCGACGAACGUUCUGCGCUCGCUUCGCGGUUGGUAGACGUUCACAGCAUCUGCCAGCCUCCGAUCAUGUCGCGUCCACCCUCCGGUUCCGCAGGGCUGUCCCUCGCUCAUUCCAACAUCCUCGUGUGGAACACGAAAAAGAAGCGCCUAAACAGACUUCAAAAGCUGCCACAAGCACGACGUCGAAACCUCCGGCAGAGCCGUCACCUUCGAAGGUAG